CUCGAGCGCUCCAGUCGCGCAUCGACUGAGGGGGAACACGCUCUCAAUGGACAAAAACCUGCUACAUUGUAAGAGAAAUCGUGAUCAAGUGAUUAUAUCGGCAAAGACAAAGAGACAACUGGUGAAACGUAGAAUUGAAACAAUUCCAAUAUUUUCAUCACCAUGUAUUCGAAAUAAGUUUGACUUUACUCAACGUUUGGAUGUACUGUGCUCACCCUCAGAAAAAAUGUGGAUGGCAAACGGUUGCUAUGGUGGAUGAUGUCCCAAGAUGAACACAGAUUACCAGAAACGAGUCCCUCAACCACAGAUUCGCAAUCAUCUAACAAUCAAGGUGGAAUCAAAGCUGAUGCCAAAGCCAGGUCCCUCUGGCCAGGGCCCCAAGCCCCCUGCUGCUCCCAAACCUGGAUCCCUGUUUCUGUCAGAUCCCCGUGUGGAGGAGGAGGAGCCAUGUUCUCAUCACAGCAUGAGCAAUGGAGAUGUGAGCUCCUCAGAGGGGGACUCUGAGGAGCCUGGGGGUUCCUCCCAAGAACAGGAGCAGAACAGGGAGGAACCCCCAGGCUCCUCAGAGUCCCCCUCUGAGGAGCCUGGGGCUUCCUCCCCAGAACAGGAGCCAGGAGAGCCACAGGAGAACCCUGAAGUCAGACAUGAUGACAACGUCAGCUGCGAGGAUACAAUGGAGGAGGAGCAAAAAGAGAAGGAGGGAGAAAGAGAGGCACAAGAGGAUGCUGCUGAAACAGACAGCGCAGGCUCUGUGAAUGGUAUUAAUGCUACUUACGGAGCUGUUGCUGACACUACUGAAAGGGAGAACACUGGCGAAACAGAAGACUUGAACCCACAUGAGAGUGACAAUGAUGACACACUAGUGGAACACUCUGACACUCAAGACUGGGACAACACGUUGACCCAGACACUUCCAGAGUGCAAGGGGACCGGUGAGGAAGGGGAAGAAGAGAGGGGAGGAGAACAGGUUGAAGAACAGGUUAAAGAACAGGGAUUUACCGAAGAGACCGAAAUCAUCGAGCAACCAACAGGAGACCCAUGUGAAGGUCUAGUGCAAGAAGACUCUUAUCAGUUAUCUCUUAGCCAACCAGAAUCAGAGAGUAACAAUUCUCUUGCGACUGAUGACGCCGCCCCACAUGGGGAUUGUUUGCAGGAUGAGGCUGAGGAGGCAGAUUUCUCACAAGGCUCAAAUGGCUGUUCGCUUCCGACAGUGUGUGAGGAGUAUCCCUACGAUGUGAUUGGCCCUUCAGAGGAUGCUGUUGACACAUGUGACCCGGCGGAGACGGGUGACUCGGGCGUGUGGCAGCCAGAACGUGCCACAAAGGACCCCUCUGGGCGCUUUCGUUUCACUGCCAGCACAGAGGACGUGUUUGAGCCUUACUCCGUCAUAGAGAUGGUGCCUGCGGACACAGCCGGUACAGCUGACCCAGAGAUGACUCCGGAUGACAACUGCAACGAUGACAAACCAAGCACUUCAGAGCAGCUGGCGACAGCAGGCACCUCGAAUCAAGAACCGUACUAUGUGUCAUCAGAUGAUGUCGCAGAGCUAGAAGAUAAGCAAAAGCGGUUAGAGGGCGGUGACGUUCGGGAGGGCACUGAGCUCUCCGGCCAGUUCACAGAGGAAGCCAAAGACAGUGAGUCAGUGGAUGAAUACGCAGACAUUGAGGAUUCCCUCUGCCCCGAGGCACAUGACUUCCAGCAGCUGGAGUAUGUCUCAUCAGAGGAUUAUGUGGAGAUAGGAGAUGAUGACGAGGAGGCAGAGGACACAGAGAAAAAGCAGAUCAGAGGGAAGACGGCGAGAGAGAGAACGGCCCAGCGAGAGCAGGCUCUCUCCACCAGUCAGAGGAACAGCUGCCAGCCUCGUCUCAGGCUGUGCAACAUAACUGUGCCAACGGACCUGGACCUGGGCAGGACCCCUGAACUCACCAACAGGGUGGUCUUUGCCCACACCACUGAGGCCUUUGAGGAGGACAUAGAGGAACUGGACUGCCAUAUUGUGCCUUACUUAGAGGACACCGAUUCUGACAGCGAGGAACAUAUCUAUGAGGAGGCAGGGUUUGACUCUGAAGGGGAGAACUUUGUCUCUUUCGACAGGAAGACCAUAGUGACAAGGUCGCGGUCCUACUCGGGGAAGGUUCCGGGGUAUGUUCCUGAGACGGUUCCCGAGGAGACGGGUACAGAGUACCAGAGCCAUGACUACUGCACCGUGGCCUUAGACCAGAACGGAGAACCCCUGAGACGCCCAGAGCAGCCAGAGGUCAACAGACUGAUUCCUUCUCUAAAACCUCGCCGCUUCCUCUUAUACCCACGUUCCUACUCCGCAGAGGGACGUCAACUGUCAUUGGCUGCUCACCUGGACGGUGAUCAGUCCCUGAAGGAAGAGGGUAGGCUGAAGAGGAAAGAUGACACUCUUUCUCUGCCCUGUGUCAUAACUUCCUCUGGGAGUUUCUCUCAGCGCAGCCAUCAGUCGUCCAGUGGUGUUUCCACACCAACCUCUCUUGUGGACAUCCCGCCACCAUUCGAGCUGGCUUACAUCACCAAGAGACCUAUCACAAAGAGCUCCCCGUCCCUUCUCAUCCAGCAUGAAACCACCGGCAAGCCCGAGAAGAAAAAGUCCUCAUUUAAACGCUUCUUGGCCCUGAAGUUCAGAAGAAAGACAGAGAAAAAAGGUUUCGGAGACGGGAGCAUUCGUUCUUCGCGGUCCUCCUCUGAGUCCAGUCACCAUGGUCCAGCCAGAGUCUUGGACCUGGACCGUAGGAGCACCAACAGUUCCCCCCAGCUCCAGUCCCGCAUGGUGAAGCCCCAGCAGCGCUCUGACCAGCCCACCACCUUCCUCCUCUACAAAGACCCCCAGAGAAGGAAAGGAGAUCUCAAGGGAUACGGCAGCAGGGGCGUGUCCAGGGUGGAAUCUUUUGAGGACCGCUCGCGGCGCCCCCUCAUGCCCCUCCCAUUGACCAAGCCCCGCUCCAUCUCUUUUCCCAGUGCUGACACGUCCGACUACGAGAACAUCCCGGCCUUGAACUCUGACUAUGAAAACAUCCAGAUCCCCCCAGGCAGGCCCACCCGAGCCCUGACUGUGACAGAGUUCUUUGAGGACCCCAAUCGGAUGGUGGCUCCCUCCAAUGAGAAUGACGGCUAUGUGGAUAUGAACAGCUUCCCUGGGAUCGACAGCAAAUCCCAGUCGCCUGAGCAGGAGACUGAAAGUGCCUAUACAGAACCCUUCCCAGUGACUGCUGCUCCAGCAGGCCUGUCAGCUGACGAGGACCAUGGACGCACCUCUGAAGAGGAGGAGGGGGGCUUGGAGCAGGGCUAUGACAGACAGAUUGAUGGGCGAUCCCGGGCCUUCUACAUUGCCAAAGAGCUGGUAGACUCUGAGAGACAACAUGUAAAAGCCCUCAAGCACCUUCAAGAGGACUUCAGGGAAGCCGUGAAGGCCGCAGUGGGGGACUAUGGGGAGCCCGUGAUGGGGGAGCACAGGCUGGGGGAGAUACUGGGCAUGCUCCCUGAGGUCUACACUCUUCACAGCAACAUCCUCAAUGAGCUGGAGGCUCGCAUCAAACAAUGGGAGGAGAGUCAGAGGGUUGUUGAUGUCAUCUUGUCACGUCGAGAGGACUUUGCUGUGUUUUCGGACUACAUAUCUGAGUAUGACCGCAGCAUGUCUCUGCUGGAGGAGAGCUGCAGGCUGUGCCCUGCCUUUGCUGCCGUCACCAAGCAGUACGAGGCGCAGGGCCCUGACGGAGCUGCAGUCCCACUGAAACACCAGCUGCUGCAGGUUAUUGUGAGAGUGCUCCAGUACCGCAUGCUGCUCACAGAUUACCUAAACAACCUCUCCCCAGAUUCAAAAGAAUACGAAGACACACAAGCUGCCCUGGUGGUCGUUUCGGAGGUAGCGGACCAGGCCAAUGACAACCUCAAGCAGGGGGAGAACUUGCUGCGGCUGGUCCACAUAGAGUUCAGUGUCCGAGGCAAGCGAGACCUCCUCCAGCCAGGCAGGGUGUUUGUCAAGGAAGGCACUCUCAUGAAAGUAUCCAGGAAGAGCCGGCAGCCCAGACACCUGUUCCUGAUGAAUGACAUGAUGCUGUACACCUACCCCCAGCAAGAUGGGAAAUACAGGCUGAAAAACACCCUCUCUCUGUCUGGGAUGAAAGUCAGCAAGCCGGCCAUAGACAACGUGCUGAACGGCCUGAGGAUCGAGGUGUCUGACAUCACUAUUACGCUGUCAGCUAGCUCAUGUGGAGAGAGGGAGGACUGGUUCCACACACUGAGCCGGGCCAUAGCGGACCACGCCGCAGGACUCUGCACCUUCGGAGGCCCCUGCAGCGAGGCCCGAGAGAAGUUGUGGAUGGCCCUGGGAGAGGCAGCUCCAGUCAUGGUGUCGGUGUCUCACGUGAUGAUGUGUAUGAACUGCACCUCUGACUUCAGCCUCACCCUCCGACGCCACCACUGCAACGCCUGCGGCAAGGUUGUGUGUCGUGCCUGCUCCAAGAACAGGUACCCUCUGAAGUAUCUCAAGGACAGAAUGUCCAAAGUGUGUGACCACUGCUAUGACGAGCUGAGGAAAAGAGGUGGCAGUGUGUCAGGGGCGUGUGGUGACUCCAGCCCUCGCUCCCACAGGGCCAGCCGGCCCCUGUCCACAGUCUUCCAGACCCUCCAGACCCCCAGCCUGUGGAGGAGCAGGAAGAACAGCUCCCCUCUCAGCCAGGUGGUGUUGGGGGCCGAGGGCUCCACCAUGAGCGGCAUCCUGCAGCGCCGCAAGAAGAGCAAGAGGAAAUGGAAGAGAUUGUGGUUCCUCCUCAAAGACAAGGUGCUCUACACCUUCACAGCACGCGAGGACAAGGUGGCAUCAGAGAGUCUUCCUCUGCAAGGCUUCACAGUGAAGCUGUCAGAGCAACCAGAGGGAGAGCAGAGCAGCAACGUGUUUCACCUCUACCACAAGAAGACCCUCUACUACACCUUCAGAGCAGAGGACGAGCAUGCAGCGCGCAGGUGGGUCAACGCCAUCGAAGAGGCCACAGUUUUAUAGCACCUGCUUUCUCUGCUCUGCCCCACUUCAACACUGCCCCAGCCUUCCCACAGAGCAGCGCACUGUCACUCGUAUCUAUCAAGAGGUGACUUCUGUUCAUCUUUCCUGGAUUCAUAAACUCCCACUCUGUGAGAAUGCCUCAGUGGAAAAUAGGAUCUGUAGCCAUGCUGCCACCUAGUGGAGAAGGGGACCCUCUGCAUGGAGUAGUGCACCCACUCCUGGCCAAUCACCAAAAUCAAAGAGGCCACAAAGGAACACAAGCCUGUCGUUUUCUCUUCAGAUCAUAAAAGGCGCAAAGCUGCUAGUUAGAAAGAGACUGCAUGCCUCCACUCCUGUUCCUCCAUCCUAAAACCAACUGACAGCGUGACGUGUGUUUGUGCCGUUUCUGAGGAACUAUUUCCCAGCACCGGCGUGUACUCAGUACACAACCAUCCCUUUUCUACUGUUGAAUCUCCAUCUAUAAAUCGCCUUCAUUUUGAAAAAUGAGACAACUGUCCAUGAAUCUUGCUAUGGAUUUGAUGUACUUUUUUGAUGCAAAAAUUAAGAAAGAAAUGAUGUUCCAAAUCAGUAUUUACAAGUUGUGACAGUAUUUACAAGAGAAAGAAUAGUUUGUUGCCAUUUUAGCAUAUGUUAUGACAUAUUAUAUGUUGAGUAUAUAUAUUGUGUAGGCCUAAUAUUCAAUAUGUUUAAGUGAGGUAUAUGAGAUUGUUGUACAGAAAUGUUCUUAUAUGUUAUAUGUUUCCAGCAAGAGACCUUACUUCUUACUGAUAACGGUUUAUCACAGUAAAUCAUCCACCCACAUGCAAAAACAAUGACAGUAUGAUCCUGAACAACUGUUCAUCAGAAACGUAUUUGAAAACUGUUUCUCAAAUGUUUUAAUAGUUUUUAAAGUUUCAUUUCAGCUAUAUUUUAGAGCAUUGUUUGAUUUCACCCAAAAACAUUUACUUUAAGUGUGUAAUAACAUAAUUCAGGUGGAUUCAGAACCAUUAAUGAAUGACAAAUCCAUGUUCUAAGCACUUAAGAAAUGGUUCCAUUUUAUAACCAUUACAAUUUCUGCUGUCAAAAUACAGUAUGCAUGACAAAUUGCAUGUCAUUAUUGAAUAAAGAUUCAGAUUUCAUGUGACAUCCUUGUGAGAUAAGCUAUGAUGUCAUAUAUAGUAAAACUACCAAAAUCAGGAUUUGCAUCAAUCAAGGGAAAUUCCCAGCAGUAUCAGUGACAGUGUGCCUUCCUCUAAACGUUUACCCUUCACACUUGAAGACGUCAAAACAAAAGGCUAUCCAACCUGCUAGGCCACAUUUUAACUCUGGCCGAAAUGCAGGUAGUCCUUACUUAGACACUAUCACAUGCUGUAAAUCAUCACAUUGUACUGUUCAUACUGCCUUAGGCUGAUCAGUUUUGCUUUUAUUAGUGUGUUUAUGAGUUAUACCUACAGUGUUAUGGAUUGUACCUCUUAAUGGCCUUGCAUAUUGUGCAUUGUAAAUGUUGAUGUAGAUACAUACUGAAAAUAAACUUAUCUAAACAACAUAA